AUGUUUAACAAGAGAAAGAAUAAUCAGAAAGCAGAUUUCGAUAUUCUUGAAAAAUACGACGAAAUAUCAAAGAAAUUUGGGGUGUUGUUUUUAUGGGUAGGUGUUUUAAUAUUAUUUUUACUAGCAAUUAUUGGAUUUCGUAGAAUGAUUAAUACGUUUCUUAUCGAAGAUCAAAAAAUGGAAGAGAUAAAAAGCAAGAUACAAAAAUACGUUCAAUCCAAAACCAAUUUCAAAUGUACAGAAUGUGUUCCAAUAUCUUAUAAUGAAAUAGCUGAACUAAUUGGAAAAAAAUUGUCUUAUGCAGAAAAAGAACAAGCAAUUUCGAUUAUUUGGGACGAAUUUCAAAGAAAUACAGAGAUAUACGAAGUUACCACAGAUGAAAAAGUAGAAUAUGUCAGAAGCAAAAUUAUAAUAUCUUCAUCAUUGAAUUGCUUAUUCUUCCGUAAUUUAAAUAAGAUAAUAACAGUUAUAACACUUUCUAUUGCAGCUAUUAUAGUCUCAUUGUUUAUUUAUUUCAAAUACAAGCAAAGUCAAAAAUGCAAGCAAUAUUCUUCAGAAAUCAUUCAGAAUAUGGUUAACCAAUCCAAACUUGGGUCAAGAGAAAUAAAUCCUCAAUCAUUCCGCUCUAAUUAUCCUAAUAUUAAUGAAAAACAAUGGAGGAACGUUGUUUCUAAUGUUGAAAGAUGUCCUGUAGUUUCUGUUUAUAGAAAGAAGAGUGGAAAUGUCUGGCAAGUUAGUUCUCUAAAUUAA